AGAUUAUAUAUUUGGAUGCAUAUUAUAAAAAUGUGGCAUGACCUAAUAUGCAUUUAACUAGUCUUCCUGCUAAACUCAAAAGAAAGAGUUUCAUGUCUAUGAAAUAAUUAAUAUUUUGAUCCAGCAUUUGCUUGCAAUGUUUCACUGUGGCCAGUACAUUUUUGCUGCUAAUUUUGAGUGUGCCAACCUUGCUAGUGUUGCAGAGGUUCCUGUUACAGAUGGGUGUCAACCAAACAGCCUGUGUUCCUCCUGCCAUUUACGCAACACCAGGCCUGAGACUCGCACCAGCUUUAAUACAAGCUUCUCUCACCAUUCACCUUCUUCAUCAUCUCCUUCAUCACAACUGCAGUCAAGCAGAGGAUGUUUGACUAGAGGAUCAUCGCCCACACCAAGAAGUUUGAGAAAAGGAUUAAAACAGUUGACUAGUCAAGAUUCUUGUCCUGUGGGAAACAAAAAUUUAUCUUCAAAAGCGCAGUCAGUUGCUGUGGUUGGCCGAGGACAUGGAAAUGCUGCCAUCCCUCCUCUCCAGAUACAUCAGAAUGGCAAGCCUGAUCAUGAGUUCCAGCUUUACACAGCUCCUGACUGCGCCAAUACUGCCUAUGAGAACACAAACAGAACUUGGUUCUUCUUCUCCAUCUCAGGAGGAGUGGCUGGGGCACGAGCCAGGCUGCGUAUCAUGAACAUGAACAAACAAGUGAAGCUUUACUCCCAGGGCAUGAAGCCUGUCAAGAUGCAGGUAAAGCCUGGUGUGCCUGUUCAUGCCUUGCAUCAAUGGACUCUCUGCUCCUCGUCUGUUCAUUGCUGGAGUGCUGAUGGAAAUGCUAUUUUGAGCUGGAUUCACACAACUCCCGCAGACACAGAAUUGGUCACAUACUAUGCCUUCACCUUCCCUUAUUCAUACACUCAGUUGCAACAGCGCCUUGAAGCCAUCGAUGAAGUGUUUUCUAGGGUUCGUCAUCCAUCUGAUAUUGAAUCAAAAAAAGUUAAUUUUGCACAGGAAGAAUUAUUCAUACAAGGAACAGUUCAAAAUGACAAUCCAGAUGAAGUACUGGUUUCAAGUGAUCUCAAAUCUAAAGAUUCAACCCCAAAUCCUGGAUCAAAAACGGCAUUGCUCAGUUCACCAAGCACAAAUACUCAAGUCAUAAUUAAAGUUGAUAGUGUUUAUUAUGUAAGAGAGCUCGUUGUGAAGUCAUUGGACUCUAAAAGACUCGAUCUCAUUACAGUGUCAUCAUACUCAGGUAUAACAAAUGCCAGGGAAGACAGACUACCGCAUCUUUUCCCAGAUGGCUCUCAAUCGCGUCCGUUCAAGUUCAAAAAUAAGAAAUAUAUUUUCAUCUCAGCACGUGUUCAUCCGGGAGAGACCCCAUCUAGUUUUGUUUUCAACGGUUUCUUAGAUUUUAUUUUGUCAGACGAUGCUCGGGCGAGCAAAUUACGGGACUUGUACGUCUUUAAACUCGUCCCGAUGCUGAACCCUGAUGGCGUUGUUCGAGGCCACUAUCGCACCGACCAAUAUGGUGUCAAUUUGAAUCGCGUAUACUGUAACCCCAGCGUCAAACUUCAUCCUACCAUCGAAGCCGCUCGUUCCCUCUUGCUAUACUAUCACUCUGGCUCUUGUCACUCUUGUCCCUCUGUAGUAUCUCAGCCACCUGUAAUGGAUGAAGACACUUGCCAUAGCUUCAGUGACGCGAAUGCUCAGCAUGAGAGUAAGAGUAACAUCAUAAGAGCUAAUGUGUCCAUGGAUCUAGAUGAGCCAUCAGCGUCCGGAUGGGACAUUAGCAGCAAUCAAAGCGUGGACAGCACCUUACAGAGCAGUUCAAUGUUUUUUAGAGGUCUUGACUUACCGGACUUGCAUGACGACUGUUCCAACAUUUCUGGUUUGAGUGAAGCAGAAACUGGCGUAACAAGCAUGUUUGGGGCGCUCGCAGCGUCGGCGUCUGACCCCGACUCUUACUCCUCCUUUGCUAAACGUGACUCUGAAUUCGACCGCCCGACGAGAAUAGCACGUCCGGCUCAUUUUGUUGGCCCAACGACAAGGUCCAGAAGCACAGCUCAUUCCCUACCUCCUCUUACUGAACAUAAUCUUAAAUUGCACUCCUCGACGUGCUCUCCAGAAGAAAAACUGAGAAAUUUGUCAUCGUCACCUCAACACCAGUCCCAUAUUCCAGUCGUUGACUCAAGUCAAGAGUCUUCCUCGCCCCACCCUCCAUUUGUACCUGCAAACCUACCCCACACGCUACCCGCGGGAUCCUUUUCUACUCCCAUAAGUAAGCCUGACUUUUCAUCCAAUUCGUCAAACGCUUCACUCAGCGCUACCGAUUUCACUCCGCCAUCGCGCCCAGCUUGUUUGAAUGAAUCCAAGAUCGGGUUUCGCUUCUCCCCGUCUUCGAACUUUUUCCGUGUACCUGCCACUGAUGCAGCUGCUGUAAUUAGCCCUGCAGCUGUACCGAGCCCUGCAGCUGUAAAUAGCAGCAGUGAAAGUGAAGCAGAAGUUGGUGAGCCUGGUAGAGAAGGCGCGUCUUUGCAGCCUCCAUCUCUAGACCGACGAGCCGCGUGUGCUCCUCGCUCGUAUGCUGUCGAUUCCACCAAGAGCAGUGAGAGUGGAUUGCAUAUGUACGUUGACAUGCACGGUCAUGCUUCAAAAAGAGGCAUUUUCCUGUACGGCAAUUGGUUCCCUGACGUACGAGCGAUGGUGGACAACCUGCUACUCGCUAAGCUCCUGGCCAUCAACUGCGGCAAUUUCGAUUUCAAUGCCUGCAAUUUCACCGAGAAAAAUAUGAGCGUCAAGGACCGGCGCAACGGUCUAAGCAAAGAAGGCUCUGGCCGCGUGGCGGUGAUGCGGCUCACAGGGCUGCUCCGCUCCUACACACUUGAAUGUAACUAUAACACAGGCCGCUGUUAUGCUCCACCUCCACCUCUGAACAACUCCACCUCCACUGCCUCCUCAGCCUCCACUUCUUCUUCAUCGUCAGCCUCAUCAUCGGCCGUCAGUAGGGACAAGAAAAGUCCCAAACACGGCCUCGUCGCUCAGUCCCAUGUCUCGACGCCCCCCAAGUAUACGCCUGCCAUCUUUGAAGAGUGCGGUCGGGAAUUAGCAGUGAGCAUUUUGGACAGCGCUGCGACCACGCCAUCCGCUUCAUGUUUCAAGGGCUUUGAUGCGCCUCUUGCGAGCAUCAAAACAUCAAGCCCUGCGAAACAAGUUCUUACUGCAUCGCCUCAAGUUGGAGGUCAAACUAGUAACAACUCUUCAGACAAAAUUACCAACUGCUCCAAUGAGACCACUUCUACUAUUGAAUUCACACCCAUGGAUAAUUCACGACCAUCUAAGAUUAAGACGCCGUCUGUUAUAAGUUCGAAUGAGUUUAGCUCUGUUGUCAAUCCCCUCUCACGUCUGCCUGCGUCUCAGUAUGGCAGCUUGGAUGGAGUCAAAAUGUGGCUCCGCAACUUUCUUACUUCACCGUCAUCGUCAAUGCACACAACAGCUGUUGCAUCGGUGGUACAGUCUCCGUUAUCGUCACGAAAGGCCCUUUGUCGGGUCGCCAAGUCUCCAGGACGAAGCACCAACAUCACGCCUCAGUCUUCUGCCCCCCGCAGCCGCCCUCUCAAGGGACGAGCAGCGAGCAAGGUCGGGGACGGCUUGUCCCCCUCGUCGUCGCCUAAGCUGUCGCCAAAAGUUCUUCGCAGCAAAAGUCAGAAUCGUAUGCGUCACCUUUCAUGGACUGCUGUGGAUGCUGAGAAUAGGGAACCGGUUGCUGGUUGUUCCUCAGUGCGUUCAGCUCCCAAGUAUGGUUUAGUAAGCUCGCCUAAAAUCAAAACACACAAAUUAAAGGCCGUUUCCCCUAAGAAAGUGGUUUCCAAAGCUCUAAUGUUUACGGACAUAGACGAGGCCUGUUCUAGCUCCAAGAGUGGCAAAAAACAAUUGCCAGUUCGAGCAAAGCACAGCCUUACCUCCAGUGUCUGCCUCACCCCUAAUUUGGACGUUCAUCUUUCCAUUACUGAUGUCCCCGGCAGUCCUAAAUUAAUAAAAAAAGUCGAGAAAAUUCGCAGGGAACGCAGCAGGGUUGUUGGUGGAAGCUUCAAGAAGCUCAAGACAGGUUGUGGUCAGUCCCUUCUUUCUUCUCCAGAGAAUAAAGAAGUCGAGGAGUUGUGUCAUCAUGAAGAAGUUAACAGCCCGAAUGUCAGCCCUUGUUUGUCACCGAGAUCGCCAUUAUCAUGCGUGUUCCAAGGGAGCACAGGUGACGACUCGCGAGCUGGAACCACUGCCAAAACUCUUAAACUUCCUAGCAAGAUUAGAACCAAAGUAACUCGAUCUUUAUCUCAGGGUAUUGCUGCUAAAAGUCUGGAUGUUCUACCGUCCGCAAUUUCUGUGGCAAGCUGUAGCAAAGCCGGCAGUAGCAACAACACCGGAGGCACUGGAGGACAAACUAAAGGUAGCUUAGGUUUUUGCACUCAAAGCUCACCAGAUCUCAAUUCAGGUAUCAAACUAGUUCGCAAGAAAUUGAGACUGAAGAGUGGCGGUAAUAGCGGCAGCGAAAACGACGUGAGCGCUUACCAUGAAACUGAGGCUGCUUCUGAAGUUACAUCUCUUCCAUGGCUUGGAAUUGCAAGAUCUGAUCCUUUACCAACUCCUAUGCCAGCUCUGGUGCCAACUUCAUCUGAGACACCGCCUCCUUCUUCCCCUAGUGACACCGCUGCCGUCACAGUUUCUCUCACAAGCGCAGCUCCACGAGUGACUCAAAAUAAAAAGAAGAGAAAGGCUCCCAUUCGUAAAUCUCUUUGAACGAAGAAUAUUUCAUAGGUUCAUUAUAUAUAUUUUUUUCGUUAUAAAUAAUUUUUAUAAAUUAAGUCAUACGAUGAAAAUUAUAAUGGCCACUGACGGUGGAAGAAAUACUUUACUAAUUCUAUGCAAAUGAGUUAUUUUUUUCUUUGAACAAUAUUACAACGCAUUUCUUCUUAUUUUUAAACUCGUGUAAGAAUUUAGUAUUUGAAUCACACACCAGUGAUUGCGUAGUUGGCGAUACAUGAACCUGGGUAUGAAAUUCAACGUUUGCAUCUCCAUUCUAAAAA